AAUAGGCUUGACAGCUCAUUAGAAUGUGAUCCCUCCUCCUUUUUUUUUUUCUUUUUUUUUUCCCCUUUCUUGAAGUUGAUGGAAACUCAUUCAGGAAAGAAGUACUUAUUUGCUGAGAGAGAAGUCUGUGUCUAUUCCUAUUAUUCGUGGUGAAGGUUUUUGUGCUUGGAGAGUGCCCUUCCUGACUUGGCCCCUCCCUUUUCAAAAUGAAGGGGUGCACCUGGGUAUUUGUGGCAACUUUACUUUGUCAGCAGUUUUGCCUCUUCAGAGUUACGGCAGCAAAGAGAGAGAGAAAGAUGAAGAAAGAACCUAAUCAGUAUACAGAGCCUUUCAAUGCUACCCUCUCAAACAGCGAAGAACUGCACGGGCAUCCCAAGAUCCUAGAAUCUCCAGAUCCUCGAAUCACAGAUCCACGGCGGACCUGGAUCUCCUUUGUUCACCGCCCAGACGAUGGCAAUACCUCUAAAAGGAGAUGCAAAGGGAAAGACAAGAAAUUACGUGGCCUUGUUGGGCCCCCAGGACCUCCUGGUCCCCAGGGACCUCCAGGAGCACCUGGUGCUGAAGUCACCCGAGAAGUCCUUCUGCAGGAGUUUAAGGAGAUAUUAAAAGAGGCUGUUGAGCGUCGAGCAUCCCUGGCUAUUUCAGCCCAUCCUAGCCAGCUGCCUCCACUCCUGCUCUCCUUGGAGGAAGUUUCACCCCACAAACGUGUAGAGGAGGCAUUCCAUUGCAAGCUAAAAGGACAAGUCAUUGUAGAUAAGAAGACCCUGGUAGAACUUCAGAACUUCCAGUCGCCUCUGGCCAAAGGAGCUUUUCUCCGGGGGACAGGAUUAAAUCUGGCAACAGGACGUUUCACAGCACCCGUGUCUGGCAUCUACCAGUUCUCAGCCAAUGUCCACAUUGACCACAGCGAAUUGAAGAGUAAAGUCCAACUCCGAGCCAGAGAUAAUGUCCGAGUGUUGAUCUGCAUCGAAUCUCUGUGCCACCGAUACACGUCUUUGGAAGUCAUUGCUGGUCUGGAAAGUAACAGCAAAAUCUUCACUAUCUAUGUACACGGCUUACUGCAGCUGCAGGCUGGCCAGUACACCUCCAUAUUUGUGGACAACAGUGCUGGAGCUCCCAUCACCAUUCAGAAUGGAUCAGAUUUCAUGGGCAUGUUAAUGGGUGCAUAACAUCACCUGCAGCAGCGUGGCAGGGAAGGAUGUGAAUUCGAGCCUUGCAGUGUAUAUUUGACUGAAGAAACCUUUACUUUGACUCUUGAAGACCGCUUCCUGUAACUGUUGGCAUCUUUUUAAACAAGCAAAGAGCCUUUCCUUUCACAGAUACUUCAGCUUGCUUUCAGAAGCUACAGCUUUUCAAGGUCCACACCAAUCCAUUCAUCAUAAAAACUAUAACUUUUAUAGCUCAGAAACAAACUCUGUAAUAUUUAAUUUGUGCUUCACCAGAUGCUAACUGAACAAUACACUGAGAUUUGGAAUUUGUUACAUUAUAACUUUAUUUCACAAUAGCACUUGUAAUCAGCAUGUCUCUUGGGAUUGACUGUGGGGUGUUUGAGUUUGGAAAUGAAGGAUUGAGAGGGGAAGUAAAAUAGUGACUACAUUCUAUGUGUUGUGGAGGAAGGAGACAAGGAUUUGCCAGCAAAACUGCUUUUUUCAUACAAUUGUAAAUGGUAUAGGCCCUCUCUCAUGUUCAGAAUUGGAUAUAUUUGACAAGAAGUAUGUUGAAUUCUCAGACAAUGCCUGUCUCACAGUCGGGAAUCCAAGGUCUGAACUCUUUAAUUGUGGUUCGUGAUAUCUAAGUAUUUCCUUGAUCUUAUUGUUGAAGCUGAAUACCUUGCUGCCUGUGCAGUUUUAUUGUUAUGAAAAGGUAAGGCAAAUGACACCGGUUCUAGCAUGAAGUACCUUACUUGUGUUCUUAUGUUUUAGUAAGAUAUAUAUGUGGCUUUGGAAUGCAUCCCAUAAACAGCAUCCUCUCAGGUGCCAUAUAAUAAUUUUUAAAUGUGUCAAAUGCAUUACACUGGUUGUCAAAAACCUGGCAAAGACAGUGAGGAUAGCAGCUUCAGAUCAGAUAUGUCACCUACAAGGUGCUUGUUGAACUGCAGUGAAAUAAUGAAAGAAAACAUGGGGCAAGGCUUACUUCCAACGGGUGGCCUGGAUCAUAGCGAGUAUAUCUGAGCUCUGUUUGGAGAUUGAAAGUGCUGUCAAAGACUGUCUAGAAAGUCCAUUCAGUGAAUGUUUUCUGGAUUUCUAUAAAUCUGUUUGCAAAUGUAAGCAUUUGAGCCCCCAGAGCUGCUCUGCAUACAGCUUCAGGCUAUAAACUCAUUUUAACAAAGUAAAAGGGUAUUGAUAUUUCAUGGGGUUAAGGUGUGUUACCCAAGAUGUGGUAACAUCCUUGUGAUUAAAACAACCCAUGCUCAUCUAGUGUACCUCUGUAGUUUUUCCUGUCAACAGACACCCGGCCCUUUUAUUGAUUCAGUUUAGCUAAGGAAAUGGUUGUAUAACAGUGUCAUAAAUAGACGGUAGCAAGGCUCAAAGUGGAGUCCAAGAUACUUGUUCUUGAAUGUUUGCAGUGAAUGGAAGAUAUCCCUUAUAUAGUGUUGUGAUUUUUGAUCGACUACACUACCUUUGUGCAAUGAAAACAAAGACUACUGGGGACAGCAGAAGGCAUGAAAAAAUUGUCAUCUGUUGCUGGGUCCGUUGUUUAGGCUGAUCAGUGUAUGAUGUUUCUACAAGCUCCAGUAACACUGCUGUUGAGGUUGGUGGUAUGCAAAGAUGUCUUAUUUCAAGAGUUGUGGGAAAAUCUGCUGUAAAACAGGCAUGGCUGAAACUGUUUUCUUCAUCUCCGUUAUAAAUACCUUGAGGCAAGGGUACUAAAUGGUAUUUUUUCAUUUGUGUAGAAUAUAUUAAAGUGAUGCCUAUUGGAGAAGGAAGGAGAGGGUACAGGGAAUAAUCAAGUAGUGCUGUUACACAAGUAAACACAGGUAAAUUCUACUUUCUGGUCAACAGAAUGCAUUUUUUUUUAACUGGACCUGUGUGACUGUCUAAAUAUAGCAGCUAUCAAUGUUUAUAUAUUAAUUCUUGCUCCACAAUACAUGCCAGAAUUCCUAUGGAUUUUUUUGUAGUACACUUUGGGGAGAAUGUACUUUUAAGCAUAAACUGGGUGCUCUGCUAGCAGAGGAGAGUCCAAAGCUAUUGAAAGGAACAGCAAGUAGCAACAGUAGUCAUUCCUGGAGCUUCAGGAAGCACAAACCAGACAUGAAUAUCACUGAACCCUAUCAAUAAAGAUUGGCUGUUUACACUGGGUUUUGAUGGAGUAAGUGUAACCAGGGCAAGGGGCCUAUAUCCCAGCAUGUAUUACUAUACUGUACUUUGUACUGUGUGAAUAUUUGUAAUAAAUUGGGCUGUUUCAUGCAUGACUUACAGCAACAUAAUCAAAGCGGUGUGACAUUCAGCAUAUGUUGUUAUAUCUGUAGGUUUAUUGAACUGAGUC